AUGAUUCCCCCACCGAAGGGAUCUUGCCUUCUGAUUGCUUUGAUCGCAGUUUUCGUUGGUAUUAUUCUGUGUGCUGGUCUUCUGACGUGGGUGUUUGUACUUCGUGAAAACGGAGAUGGACCUGAUGUUGACUGGCAAAAUGCGACUAAAGUCCCAACGACCACCACUUCUCAAGCUACUGUAUCUACGAUGACUACAAAGCUGAAAUCCACAACCACUACAACUUCUGCUGAAAUCCCCAAAACUGAUGCCACCACCACAAUGCCGACUUCAAUCCCAGAAGCUAUCACAAAAGCAGUAACAAUGGCUACAUCUACUUCAACGACUACAGAAGAAGCAACGACGACAACUACUGCUCAGGAAGUCGUGAUGCCAGUUGAUGUUGCUUCCAUUUUGAAAGAGAAGUCGAGAGAGUUCGAGGUAGUUGAAAAAUGUGCUCAAAUCCAAGUUCUGCCAGUUUCAUGCUCCCCAUCCCAAUCUCCAUUGACAUCCGAACCAUCCCAGUUCCAACCAAUUCAUUAUACUCUCAACAUAACAAUCCGAGACAUCAGGAAGCCAGUUCUGGAAGGUCAUAUGCAACUUUUCGCCUCGAGUAAGGACCAAGUUCAAGCGAUCGCUCUACACGCUUCUAAAAUUCAUAACAUGGAGAACAGGGAUCGUGUACAUGUCGUCAACUGUAAUACAGGAGAAACAAUCUGCGUGUCUCGAGUGCAUCAAAUCGACAACAUCGUUUAUUUGGAGCUUGCUCAAAGUAUCUCAUCUGGAGUUGAUCUCCGUAUCGACAUCAAUGGUUUCAUUUCGGCUGAUUCUGGACCACAUGUAUAUAAACAAAUCCCAACCGCAAAAUGGAGAGUUCCUCAAAUGAUUGGAUCUAUUUUCGAACCAUCCUCGGCUCGUCACGUCUUCCCAUCCCUUGAUCUUCACAACCAGAAGGCCACCUUCAAUUUGUGCUUGAAUCAUGGACCAUCAAUGGUUGCUGUCUCCAAUUCUCUCAUCAAUCAAAACGUCUCAACUUCUGGAAUCACCUGUUUUGAAAAGACAGUUCCGUUGACAGCUCAACAACUUUCAUUUGUUGCUUUCGAGAAGACAAACCCAUUGUUCUACAAUACUACAACAUUGAACGGAGCGUAUCUUCCGGAGAUUAAUAUGAUUUUCAAUUUGAAUGCCAAAAACUUCCAACAAUACGAAUGGAUUCAUUCUGAAGUAUCAAAAGUGAUGUCUCUAAUGUCCAAAUGGUCCGGUUUCUCUUAUCCAUUGCCUAGAUUAGAAGUGGUCGUUGCUCCAGUUAUGACUGGACAUUCUGCUCUUGGAGUGAUCACUUUACCGGCCCAAGCAAUUGCUUAUCAAAAGCAUACCUCCACCCAUGAAACCCUAAUCAAAGAAGUAAUCGGACAGUGGAUGGAAGGAGUAGUGACCACGGAACACACAUGUUUUGAGAAAGCCGUAAUCGCAUAUCUCGAAUGGAAAAUCAACGAAGAACUUCAAAUUGUGAAGAAGACUAGAAAGAUGGAAGUUUCUCGAAUCCGUCCACGUAAUUUGAAUGAGACUGCUGACCAACUCCGCGUAAUUCGUCAGGUCAAAGCACAGAGCUCCAAUCUGUGCUCCCCAAGAUUCGUCGAAGUAUUCUACACGCUUGAUGAGACUUAUGGACAGGAUACCGUUGUUGGAAUGAUUCGAGUGAUCUUUGACAAGUUUGCUUUCUCCACUGCCACCAUUUCUGAUUGGGCAUCAGCCGCUGAAACUGCCGCUGGAGGUCGUCCAGAAGCUGGAGCAAUUAUCCUUGAAUGGUACCGCCCAUCUUCUAAAAUUUCCCGCCCAGUUCUCCGCGCUACCGUAUCAUCCAAUAGUGUCGAGUUCAAUCAGUUGACUGAGAACAAUUGGACAGUUCCACUUGAAAUUUCUGGCUCUGCCGGUACUCAAUUGGCUGUGAUCUCAGAGAAAAAACAAACUGUUCCAUUUGUUUCAACUGAUUAUGUUGUUGUGGAUGCUAAUCGAAAGUCUCAUGCCUUCGUUGUAUACGAUGCUGACACAUAUCUCCGAUUGAUCAGAUGUUUCGGCGAUUCAAGAUGUCCAUCUGGAGAAAUCGGUGGAAUUUUCUCGGAUCUUGGAGCUGCUCUUCUUGCCAAUAUUCUUAAAAAACCAGAGAAUCAGGAUGUGGCAAAAUGGAAGUCUGUCUUCAAGUUCAUGGCCCAACAGAAUCUUGUCGAGGGAACAGCGGCAUGUUGUGUGGAGCACGCGAUUCGGGAAAUGAGAAAGUGCUCGUACUGGGAUAUUCAGGAUGUGUGCACCAAAAUUGAUUUCAACACAGUUUUGGCAGCAGUUGCCUAA